AUGUUUUCCGAAUACGCCUCCCGAUUCCUCGCCCAGUCACAAUCUCGCCUCUCCAACUUUGCCGGCCAGGCCGCCGACCCCGAUGACGCCGCCGUCCAUCACCGGCACCACCCUUCGGACUGGCCCUCAUCCCGCCCCGGACGAAACCGAGCCGCCCCAGGCACGCGAUCCUUUCUCUCCCGCGGCUACGGCGGCAGCAACCCAUACCAACAAAAUGGCGGCACCGGCUCCCGCUUCGGCAACCUCGCCUUUGCGUCCCGCAUCUCGGCCGCCCAAGACGCCCCCCUCUUCCACAACACGCUGGAUGAGUUCCGCGAGGAAGACGACGAGGCGGAGCGCGACCGCGAGGCCGCCGACCUGUUUGCGCUGCAGCGCUCCCGCCGCGUGGCCGCUGCCAGCAAGCUCGCGGAGAGCACCGAGUCCGACUACCACAGCAGGGCGUCGCUCGAGGAGAGCGCCGACCCGGACGACGAUGAAGGCCCGUACCGCGGCCGCGGCGGCAUCAAGAGCAGCUGGAACGGCGGCACGCGGAGCGGCUUCCAGCGUAAUAUAGCACGCGACACCCUGCACGAAGAGGCUGAAGAGGUGCCGUCGUCAACCGCCGCGGGGCACGAUCGCAGUGGCAAGGCCGCCAUGGUGGACGUAGGGCUCGAGUCGCAGGAAGAAGACGACGACGAGCCGCCCGAGUCGCUCCUCGGCGACACCCAUACCGAUUCGAGUCCCCCACCGUUUCAGCGCUUCAAGCAGCAAUCCGCCGAACGGACGCCCUUUUUAUUACGACGGUCAUCGACAGACCAGUCCGACGUGAGCAGUCUACAACGACAAGAUCCCGCCCAAGAGGAGCCGACGGAAGCCGCCCCCAUCUACAUCGAAGGCGAAAUCUUUCGACAUGAUCCGUUUUUCGCUUGGAUCUUCCUCAUCAGCUUUGCCGCCAUGCUGUCCACCUUUGUGCUGGUCUGGCUGCACACGGCGCCUCGCAGCAGCCCCGUCGGCGACACCAUCUACACCACCCUUCAGCGGUCCUUUCACAUGCUCGCCGUCGACACCCUCGUCGCCAUCGUCGUCUCCUUCAUCUGGCUGGCCGCACUGCGUUCCUUUGUCCGGCCGCUUGUCAGCGUCAUCCUCGUCGCCGUGCCCGUCGUCCUCUUUUCCUUUUCCCUCUACGCCUUCAUCUCCUCCUUUCAGGGCCGCACACACGGCGCCAGCCUGCAAGACACGGUGAUGCGCUGGGCGGCGGUCAUCCCCGGCGCCGCCUGUAUGCUUUGGCUCUGGAUGGUGGUGAAAAGCCGCCGUGCGAUCCAGCAGGCUAUCGAGAUUCUGCAGUUUUCCUCACGCAUCCUCGCGCAGAACCCGGCGCUGCUCGUCAUGGGCUUUGGCUGCCUCGCGCUCAUCGUCGUCUGGACGUGGGCGUGGCUCGUCAUGUUUACACGCGUCUUCAUGGGCGGCUACUUUUCCAAGUCGCUCGUGCGCUUCGUCAUUCAGCUCUCGAGCUGGUGGCUCGGCGCCGCCUUUGUCUUCAUGUACAUGUGGACCAUGGCCGUCGUCAACGCCGUGCACCGCGCCACGACGGCCGCCACCGUCUCCCAGUGGUACUUUCACCGCAACGCUGGUCCCGCCGCUCCGUCGCGCGAUAUUGUGCUCGCCGCCCUCGGUCAUGCCGCCACCACCCUCUUUGGAAGCAUCUGCCAGUCGACGCUCCUCUCGCUGCUCGUGCGCGCGCCGCUGCUCUUCCUGCCGCGGCGUCUCGGUGGCAUCGUCACCAACAUUGCCUCGUUUUGGAUCCCCACUCCCGUCGUCGCCCUCACCAACCCCCUAACCGUGACCUACGCCGCCAUCCACUCGCAGAGCCUCGCCACAGCGGCGCGCGGCCUCGACCAGAUGGAGUUUGUCACGCCAGCCAUGCCCACCACCACACUCACGCCUCGCGCCCUGCGCGUGCGUGGCCAGCAGCAUGGUCUCCUGCCCUACCGCCUCGCCAAGCUACUACUCGUCGCUACGCGGCUGCUCAUGGCCACGGCGCUCGGCUUUGCCGGCUGGGUGAUUACUGCCAAGCAGCUGCGGCUCACGCUGCCCGACGGCAUGGGCGUGCGCGGCUCCGCGUACGCUUACGUCGUCGGCCUCAUGGCCAGCUUCAUCGGCUAUUCCGUCAUGGGCGCCAUGGAGGGCGUGCUCAGCGGCAUUGUCGACGCCGUCCUCAUCUGCUACGGCAGCGAGCGCCGCAUGGAAAUGGGCCACGGCCGCUUCUGCCUCGAGGCGGCGUACCUAUUUGGCGAGAGGCGCGCCGGCGGCUUGGGGGAUGAUCGGGUGUAA